UUCAAUGCGAGUGUACAGCCUUCCAGUUUUUAUUGAUAAGAAGGAAUUAAAAAGUUAAAGAAGCAGUCAUCAAAACAAACACUAACGAGCAAGCAACAAUGAGCAAGAGCGUGGGAACAAACACUCGAUCGCGGCCCGUUUUUAUUGACGAGGAUCAAGUGAAGGAGCUGCUCGAUUGGAAUGAGGCACGCUACGCCAUCGAGCAAGCGUUUGUGUCCGUCUCGAACCAAGCUCGGGAUACGGCCACACGGUUGUCCGAUCAACCGGUCAGUUCCCAACCGGCCAGAACGUUUGUGCAAGCGGAGGGUGGAGUGCUUCUUUGUAUGCCCGGUUUCGUUGGUCAGCAUCGGUUAAGUUCCGGCACUGCCGAGCGCACAUCAACGUUGGCGUGUAAGUUGAUCACAAGCUUCCGUAAGAAUGCUUCCCUGGGGUUGCCUUCCAUCAACGGGGAAGUGUUUGUGUUUAACAGUACGACCGGCAAGCUGGAAGCGAUCGUUGAAGCCAACCAUCUGACCGGUAUACGAACGGCUACUGCUUCCCUGGUGGCGACCGAUCAUCUCUUUCUGCGACCUGCCCGUAACAGCGCACCGGACGGAAUGGUUAGCAUCCAGCUCGGCAUUGUUGGGUGCGGGUUUCAGGGCAUGAUGCAUGCGAUUGGUUUCGUCCGCACGCAGUCGAUGGCGCGGGUACGGGCGAUUCGACUGUGGAACCGAACGCCUGGACGUGCCGUUCAGCUGAAGCAAAUUUUGACCGAAGAGGCCGAGAAAACGAACAGCAACUAUUCGGUGUUUGUUUGCGAUACGGUUGAGGACUGUUGUCGGGAUUGCGAUGUGAUAGUUACGGCGACCGGAUCUAGCGAACCGCUCGUUUAUCGCAAUUUCCUCAAACCAAACGUUCACAUUAAUGCUGUCGGAGCAGGUGAAUACCAUCAUGCUGAGCUGGCACAGGAUGUGUACGACGAUUGUCAGGUGUACAUCGAUCAUCAGGAAGGAGCCCGAAAGGAACUGGCAACUCUACGAUCUAACAUCGUCGGAGAGGUUGGUGAAGUGAUCUUGCGUGAAAACCGUGCCGAGGAAAGCAGCCUACUCCCGAAACCGGGCGGAAUUAGUGUGUUCCAAUCGCUCGGCAUGGCCACGGAAGAUGUCACCGUUGGGAGAUUAAUCUACGAGAAGUACCUAAAAGCCCAGGUUCGUUCGAAUGAAAAUUAAAACAAAAGCAAAAUGCGAGAGUUCUUUUAACUAGCACAGAUACAAAAAAGGGUAUAUUUAAUACUGUAAAAAACUAGCAAGGAUGUUAAUACAUUCCAAGCUCGACAGACAAAUGUUUAUCUAAAAAUAUUGUACAUGUUUAUUUGUUCGGUUGGCAUGUGAAUUAUUUUCAGUUGAAUGUGGAUCAUUAGGCACUAUCAGAUAAAUAUUAUUGUAUUCGUUAGAACACUAUUGAAGAUUCAUGGAAUUUGUAGCGCAAUUAUGUUUUAAAAUAUAGCAUCUGCCGGUACUUUUGUUUUCAAUUGAA